AUGGCUGACUGUGGCCCCGCUGCUCCAGAAGGGCUGCCCCAGGAAUUGGUACUAGGUGGCCCUGUCACUAAGGCAAAAGGGCACAAGGUCUGUGAGGGCAAUGACCUCCCAGGAGAGAAAACUGAGGGUGAAGAGUUGAAUGGCCAUGAAAGCCCAGAAGCCACUAGCCCAGGACCUGACCUGCAGGGCAGUUUGAUUGUAAAUGGCUCUGAGACGGCAAUGGGCCAGCCUGGCCUUCUGGAGCAGGGGAACAUUUUGGAGGAUGGGCAAGAGAUCCUGUGCGACUUCUGCAUGGCCCAGAAGGUCCUGGCAGUGAAGUCCUGUUUGACCUGCAUGGUGAAUUAUUGCGAGGACCACCUCCGGCCUCACCUGGAGAACAGCAAGCUGCGGAGCCACAAGCUGAUGGACCCCGCAAAGGACAUUGACUUGCAGACCUGUGAGACUCACAAAGGCCACUUGGGGUGGUUCUGCCAGACCGACCUGGCGUGUGUCUGUGAGGAGUGCCUGGCCGAAGAGCACAAGGGGCACAACUCGCUCACCUGUGAGGCAGCCAGGAAGGACAAUGAGAGUGAACUUCUGCAGACGCAAGCAGAGUACGACUGGAAACUGAAGUCCGCUGAAAACGCAAUUGUCAAGUUGCAGAAUAAUACACAGUCUAUAGUGAGUUCUAUCUCUGAAGUGAAGAGCCUGGUGUCCGGGCAGUUUGGGGAGCUGUUGGAAGCCGUCAAGAUGGCCCACUCAGAUGUACUGGCAUUUCUAGAGGAGAAGGAGCGUGUGGCGGUGAAUCAAGCCAAUGGGAUAAAGAUCCAUCUGGAGCACAUGUGUGCUGCCAUGGAAGAGAAUAAACUCAGGCUGGAGAAGAUGGCUCUCUACACCAGUGACAUCCUGUUCCUUAAGGAAUAUUGUGAGCUCAAGAAGAACACAGGGGAUGACGCGCUUCCUAGUGUUUAUAUUGGACUCAAAGAUAAACUGUCAGGGAUCAGAAGGGUCAUCUCAGAGUCAACAGAACACUUGCUACAGCUUGUACAAACCACCUAUAAGGAAAAGCUCCAGGAGUUUGCAAAGGAAGAGGACUGUGGGAUCAAAACGAUGGUGUCUGCAAUUGUACCAUCCAGGCACCGCAUGUCGGCUCCAGAUCCAGAGACUAGGAGUGACUUUCUCAAGUACUCAUGCCCGUUAACGUUUGACUCAGUCACAGCCCACAGAUAUCUCAGGCUCUUGGAGGACAACCACAAAGUGACUAACACCACACCCUGGGAACACUCCUACCCAGAUCACCCUGAAAGAUUUGAGCACUGGCGCCAGGUGCUGGCAGACAACAGCUUGUACAUGGGUCGCUACUACUUUGAGGCUGAAAUAAGCGGAGCCGGCAUUUACAUUGGUAUGACGUACAAAAGCAUUGACCGGAAGGGGUCAGAAAGCAACAGCUGCAUCUCGGGGAAUAACUUCUCCUGGAGCAUCCAGUGGCAUGGCAAGGGGUUCUCUGCAUGGCACAGUGAUGUGGAGACGCCACUGAAAACAGACACAUUCAACAGGAUAGGGGUCUAUCUGGACUACCCCAAGGGCACUUUGUCCUUCUAUGGUGUCACCUCGGACACCAUGACUCUGAUACACAAGUUUGAGUGUGAAUUUGCUGAGCCGCUCUACCCUGCUUUCUGGCUUUCAAAGAAAGAAAACUCCAUCAGAAUAAUCGAAGCAGGGGAUGCUGAUGAGAAGACUCCUGCCUCUUCUGCUUCCUCAGAGGAAGCUGCUCCUUCCAACACAUGUUUAGUGUCUGAGGUGGAAGCAUUGGCCAGUACUUAG